GUGGUACAAAACAAACUGGUCUUUAUUGUCGAAGCGAAAAUGUUAAAAAAUAGAAACUGAUAACACUAAAACACAACUAAUUAACAAGAACGAUGAUGCCUAUUUUUGUACGAGGAGAAGUUCUAAAAGUGAGGAUUAAUGGAUUAUAUUUAUUCCAGCUCCAAAAAUAACCUCUUUCCACCACUUGUGAAAUUCUCCCUAAACCCGCAACAUUCAUCGGUAACACCAUCACAAAUAGAAUAAGCAACAACCCAAUACAUACGGGUUCCCCCAUAAAAAAACGCAUCAUAACAACAAUAAUAGUAUAUAAAAGGCAAAAGCUACUAUUUAAUUUCUCAAUUCCCAUUCGCUUUUCUUUCUUUCUUUCUCUACAAGCCACGGACCAAGAUCUCUUCAGAGCAACAAUGGCAAGCGCUCCCAAUCCACGAGAGGAGUUCGUAUACAUGGCAAAGCUAGCAGAGCAAGCUGAGCGCUACGAGGAGAUGGUGGAGUACAUGGAGAAGGUGUCAGCUGCCGCCACCGACGGCGAGGAGUUGUCGGUGGAGGAGCGGAACCUUCUCUCCGUGGCAUACAAGAAUGUGAUCGGCGCUCGACGCGCGUCGUGGCGCAUAAUCUCCUCCAUUGAGCAGAAGGAGGAGAGCAAAGGGAACACAGAACAUGUGGCUACCAUUAAGGAAUACCGCUCCAAGAUAGAGUCUGAGCUGGCCAACAUCUGUGAUGGCAUUCUCAAGCUUUUGGACUCUCGCCUUGUGCCUUCAGCAACCACCAGCGAUUCCAAGGUCUUCUACUUUAAGAUGAAAGGUGACUACCAUCGAUACCUUGCGGAGUUCAAGUCUGGUGCAGACCGCAAGGAGGCUGCGGAGAGCACCCUUGCCGCCUACCAAUCCGCUCAGGAUAUUGCGAAUGAGGAGUUGCCUCCAACCCAUCCAAUCAGGCUGGGUCUUGCUUUGAACUUCUCUGUCUUUUACUAUGAGAUUCUUAAUUCUCCUGACAAAGCUUGUAGCCUUGCUAAACAGGCUUUUGACAAGGCAAUUGCUGAGCUGGAUACAUUGGGAGAGGAAUCAUACAAAGAUAGCACUUUGAUCAUGCAACUUCUUCGCGAUAACCUUACCCUUUGGACUUCUGACACGCAGGAUGAAGGUGCAGAUGAAAUUAAAGAAGCAGCACCAAAAAGUGAAGAACAACAAUAGAUAUAUCUUGUUGCUAUAUCUUGUUGCUAAUUAGUUGUUGAAUUCCUCUACUAUAAAGUUUCAAAAGGGAGAAGAUAUUUAUUGCAAUCUAUAUAUUCUUGAGAUAUAUAUUAUGCCUUCAUGGUUGUUGUUAUGAAUUAUGGGUAAAAUUAGGCUCAUUUAGAUUUUUAUUAUAUUCAUGUUUUUGAGUCACCUAUUUUAUAAGUGACACUAGAACUUCUAUAACAUAUAAUUGGAUUGGAUUAUUGAGAAGCUAUUCUUCGU